UCCUGCUGAAUGGGCUGCUCUUUCCCAGGCCCUUUGUUGGCAGAUCCUCUGCCUGAUGAAAAUAUUAUUAUAAGGAUGAAGGACAACUGUGUCUAACAAGGGCAGGGGGAGAUGGAGUGGAGGAUAGAAGGGGAGACAGAAUACACAAGAUGAGGACAGGGGACUUUAGGGUAGAAUUCUCUGGGUCAGGAGGAGAGAGGAAUGAGCAUCAAAGACCUGCAAAGAAGGGAGAGGGCUGGGAUGCAGGAUGGGGUGGAAGAGAAGCUGGGUGAAGUCUCCCACCACCUUGGUAACAGUGCCAUCCACCAUGGUAACAAUGUUAUCCACCACCGCAGGAUCUCCGUGUUGCCCCUGCGAUGGAAAUUAGUACACAGCUCUCGCUGGAGAGGGCAGCUGUUGGCCUCAGAGCUCAGCCUGGUUGCCUUCAUCCUCCUACUGGUCAUGGUCUUAUCCAAGAAAUGGUUGUACCUCUCCAGGUGCCGAUUCUACCAGCGUUGGCCCACGAAUGUUACCACCAGCAUCUACACGUCGAUUCAUAUCAUGUCCAUGGGGCUCAUACAUAUCUGCAGAUCCAAGAGCUGUUUCAACUCAGAAAAUGCAAAUGACACUUUUAAGAUGUGGACAAAUCACCCAAUCUUUGGGUUGAGCAAGAUAACCUUCCACCUGGCCCUGGGGCUGGGCUUCGUCCUCACUAUCUGGUUGCACCUGCCGUACCUACCUGGUUGCCAGAAAAUGCCCUCAUUUGUCUGGAUUGGGACUGUCUUGAGCUUCUGUGAAGUUGCCUUCAUUUUCUUCACCCUCAUAUUGUUUCCGAUUAAUCUCUGGGUCUUCGAGUUGAAGAGGAAUUUAUCGAUCCCCAUUGGCUGGAGUUACUUUAUUGGUUGGCUGGUGUUUAUCCUAUAUAUCAGCUGUGGCUCUGUCUGCUACUUAAACUAUAAACAUUUCUGGCGUCUGCUUAUGAGUCGUCCCACUGACACCAGUAGAUCCAACUUAGAAGACAUCUUUUGUUGUAAGGAGCCUGCUUCAAACAACACUGCCCAAAAUGAGGAAGUUCAAAUUGAGGAAGUCCUGGAGAAAAAGAGAGAGUCUCUGGAUUCUGAGGAAAUGAAGGCAUCUCUGGAUCCUGAGGAAAUGAAGGAAUCUCAGGAUCCUGUGAAAAUGAAGGCAUCUCUGGAUCCUGAGGAAAUGAAGGAAUCUCGGGAUCCUGUGGAAAUGAAGGCAUCUCGGGAUCCUGUGGAAAUGAAGGCAUCUCGGGAUCCUGUGGAAAUGAAGGCAUCUCAGGAUCCUGUGGAAAUGAAGGCAUCUCAGGAUCCUGUGGAAAUGAAGACAUCUCAGGAUCCUGCAGAAAGUAUGCCAUCUCUGAAUUAGGAGCAAAAGAAAGCAUUUUUUGAACUCCUGAGUCUGAGUUCUGUCUGUUCAUCUAAAUCUCCUUCCCCACACAUUUGAGUUAGUUGGCCCCCAUCACUGCAAGGCAUUAAAGAGAGAGAAUUACA